AUGGGUAUCACACUGAUUUUUAAACAAAUUCGGGGCAUUUUUGCACAAUCUCACCGCAAAUCUGAACAAGUGCAGUUAUCAAGGAGGGCAUUCUUCCAGUUGCUAGGGUACCUAGGUGGAUGUGUAAUAAUUUCCUUAGCAACGCAGUCACAGUACCUUGAGUAA